AGAAGCUGGGGAAAGAAUUUUUUUUAGGCCGUGAAAAAUAGAGAAAAAUAAUUUCCAAAAUUUGGAAAGUGGAGAUCGCGUGCAAAAACUUAUCGGAAAGAGAUGCCGAGUCAACGGCGGUCAGUAAAAAAGAUGUGCAGCAACACUUCCUGGUGUCCUCCAACAAGAAUUGUUGGAACUGGCUGAAAAAGAAUUGUCUUGGCAGCACCAAAGGAGAUUAUUAUACAUGUGGAGCAAGUCAUGCCAAAGAUCUCGUUGGGAAAUGCAUCUCCUGUGACUGAGAGAGAAGGCGUACAAUUGUUUCCCAGGCCUCCGCUGUUCCCAGUUAAUAAGUGGUUAUUCAGAAGUAUAGAGCAGAGGCCUGGCAACAUAUUCCACCUCUUUUGGUAGAUGUCAAGUGCAGAUCAGAUACUUGACCAGAGAGUUAUGACUGAUCGGGAUAAUUGUUCAGGGGUGAAUAUCAACCUGUGUCCCUCCACUUCAUGACGCCUCCACUGCACUGCAUAAGAUUUCUCUACUCCUCCCAAAUUGCUGAAGCAACCUUAAACUCUGGAUGCAACAGGUAUCUAUCAACUGGAAGUGAUCAUAAUACACAGACUGAAAACACAGGAAAUACACUUGGUAGCGAGAAGAAGGAAGAUGCGCAGAAGGUGUUAGAAGCCAAAUGGAAAGGGAAGGAGUCAAAGCCAAGGAGAACCCUUGAGUGCCUGAUCUGCGGAGCAUUCUUCAGCAGUGUUGACAAACUUAAAGUCCAUUCUUACUCUCACACAGGAGAGAGGCCCUACACGUGCUCACACCCGGAGUGCACUAAAGCCUUUGUGUCCAAGUAUAAACUUCUCAGGAUCUUGGUAGAGAUUGACUCUUUUUUAAAAAGGAUUCAAACUUCCAGGCACAUGGCCACACAUUCACCACAAAAAACACAUAAGUGCACCUACUGUGAAAAAAUGUUCCACCGGAAAGACCACCUGAAGAACCACCUUCAGACACAUGAUCCAAAUAAAGAGGCGUUCAAGUGUGAAGAAUGUGGCAAGAACUACAAUACUAAGUUGGGCUACAAGCGUCAUCUGGCACUGCACGCUGCCACCAGUGGUGACCUGACCUGCAAAGUAUGCCUUCAGACAUUUGAGAGUACAGAGGUUCUGCUUGAGCACCUGAAAACACAUUCGGGCAAGUCGUCAAGUGGAGUUAAGGAGAAGAAGCACCAGUGUGACCACUGUGAUCGACGGUUCUACACUCGCAAAGAUGUUCGGAGACACAUGGUUGUUCACACAGGCAGAAAAGACUUCCUCUGUCAGUAUUGUGCUCAGAGAUUUGGCAGAAAGGACCACUUGACAAGACAUAUGAAGAAGAGUCAUUCACAGGAAUUAUUGAAAAUUAAGACUGAGCCAUCUGAUAUGAUGGGAUUGCUUCACUCCAGUCCACCCAUAACAGUGAAGGAAGAACUUAGUCCAAUGAUGUGUAUGGCUUCAAAGGAGGCGGUAGGUAAGCCAUUUACUAGUUUGCCAAUGAGUAUGUACAGUCCACACAUUCAAGCCAUGGCAAACUCAGGAUCCUCACACAGUCUGGUUGCCAGUUCUCUCGCUAUGGGAAUGGGUUGCCAAAUGGAGUCUCCGUCAUCAAUUCAUUCAGCACCCCCUCAACCCCCUUCUAAAUAUCAGCUUGGAUCUACCUCAUAUGCCACUGGCUUGUCUGAGAAGCCAACAGAAAGUUACUUAAUGGACUUGCACAGCAGUUUGCCACUUUCAUCCCAUGAAUCUCAGUCUUCACCAGCUAAAGUAGGCUUAGAUUCACAAACUGGGCCUCUGGAUGACAUUUCUGGUGAACAUUUGCUUUCCAAAAGCCCUGCUAUAAUUACUGAAUCCCUCUGUACAGCAAACAUGGACUUUUCACAUUUACUGAGCUUCUUACCACUGAACCACCCUACGUACAAUCCACCUGUUUCAACAGGGGGGCUGGUAAUGGGCUAUGCUCAAAGUGAACCUCAGUCCUUGCUUACUGCUCUUCAGCCUCAGCUCCAGGACUCCCAGGGAUCUGGAAAUGGUCUAAACCUUGGGCCUCUUCACCCAUUAUCUCCCGUCUUUACCACCAGUCUGAGCACAACGACAUUGCCACGUUUCCACCAGGCUUUCCAGUGAACUACUGUUGAAUCUUUUAUUCAAUAAUCUGUGCUUGGAGUGGAAUUUAGUGAAGCGCACAAAGCUUUCUAGAACUCAAAGGAAGCUAAAGCUUUGAAGAAGCUUUUAUAAGGCAAUUUCCGUUAUUCAGUUUAAUCCAUAAUAUGGAGGGUUAUUUUUAAAAAUCUAUUAGCAACUGAUGAGGCAUAUACAAACAAUGAGCCUUUUGCUUUCUACACUCUACUAUGGAUAGAAAUCCACAUGAGGGCUGAUCGUAUCAGAACUCUGAAGUGGAUGAGUUUUAAUGUGAAAAUUACUCCCCAGAUAGCUAACAUUUCAUAUGUGUUUAACAUACAUGGAGACCUGUUACAAUUGAGAAGUUAAUUCAUGAGCUAAAAGUCUGAAAUAGAAUUACAGGGAAAGAUUAGUGAAGGAUGGGAAUAUAAUAUAGUUAAUAUAGCAUUGUGCAACAUGUAUUAAUCUCUGCUUUGUCCAAAUCAUGUUUUUAAAACUAUUUUUUGUCGCAUGCAAAGGUCUCUUCAUGAAACAAAAGUUGGUCUGUGAAAUAGUUAAAUUGUGCUCACAAUGUGAGUUGUGCCCAUUCAAUUGCCCUCUUUAAAAAAAAAAAGUAUUGGUUUAUUUCUUCUUUAAAACACCCUUCAGUUCCUCAAAAUCUAGACAUUGUAGAAGUACCAGGAAGAUAUGUGCCAGGACAUGUUGAUGUGAAUAAUAAUUUAAAGAGCAGUGCCUAGAAAUUUUCUGUUCAUAAUGGUGCUCGGGAAAUGCUUAGCAUUUUCACAUGAAUUCUCUUUGUUAUUUUAAUGGCGUUAUUAAUCUAUUUUAAGUAAACUGGUCAAUACCUGUUAAAAUAGCAAUCAAAUGAGGUCUAAUGGACACUUCAAGUUGUGAAUGUUGGCAGCAAUAAUUUCUAGCCUUGCAUUUCUUUCUGUAUAGCUACAUUUGUCGUACUGGGAUGUAUGAAAGUUUUCACCUUACCAGAUUGGUCCCUAUUUACUACUAUGAUUGCAAAGCAGCUGCUUCAUUUUCCUCAUGAAGUAAUAUUUUUUGAGAGGAUAGAUGUCUUUAUGUUCAAUUAUUUCAUACCAUGGUUCAUACAUUAACCUAUUAUACUGUGGUGCACAGAGCCUAUAUAGUUUAUGCCUUUGAGAGUUUUCGAACAUUAACGUUAGCUCAUUUACAGCAAAGCUUAUAUGUUGCAUCCUAUGUAAUAAAAUUAGCAGUUUAAAUUUUGCUGCUAAUUUUUCUAGGGUACAGAUUAAGCUCCUCAGUGAUUUUGUUCAGUACUAGGCUCAGGAGCACCCCGGUCGUGUUCUGUGCAGUACUGUAAAAGCAUUUCAGACCAUAAUUAACAUUGGUUAAACAUCUCUAAAAGGGGAAUAGCCUAAAGCAAGGUAGACUUGAAUGUUAGUUUGUAACAAAGGUACACAAUUGCACAAAAAUAAUCAUAGCCAAUCGAUCAAAGUUAGCUUGAUGCACAUUUUUACAGGAGUCUGGCUCUAUUUUUCUAAACUAUUGAAGAAUCUUUCUUUGCGUCCAGAUUUGUGGCAUACUUAAAACUUAGCAUUUUGAAUAAAAUUCAUUAUCAUAAUCGCCACUAUCUAAAUGUGUGAUGCAGUUUUCCUUCCAACACUAAUUUUACUUUUUAAAAAAAAAUCAGCUUUAAAAAAUGAAACACUGAACACUCUCAAUUCUCAGCUUACUGGGGAGAAGUUGUGGCUUAAUUAUAAUGCAGUUGCUUCUUAUAUUUUAAUAUCUGCCUUUUACAUCUGAGUAAUAAUCCUAAAUUUUGCUUUGUGCAUUCAUUUAAACCCCAACGUAUCUUCAAGAGAAGGAAAGACAUUAUGAUAUACAUCUGUGUAUAAUACUACAGUGCAUAUAUUAGAAGAUUUAGUUCCAAAAAGUAGUUAAAACACAUCAAGCUAAUUAAAUUCUUAACCAUCAUCUGCAAGAGGUGCAUUGUUGGCUUGUAGGCAUAGUAACCUUAAAAUCCAUCAAGUAUCACUAGACUUUUAUUAUAGUGAAUAAUUACUUUGAAAAUAUUGUACCUUUCCUUGUAUUUAGGAGUUGUGAGAUCUACAAAGGAUACAGAACAGGGUGUUUGGAUUAAGAAUACCCUGAUUAUAAGUCAGGGUCUCAUCAAGAAAGAUUUUUAUGUUAUGCUUGUGUUUAAUGUAAAGAUUUUAAUUCUGUUACUGUUUUGCCUCUCCUGACAGUGCCUUAUUCUGGCCACCAGAGGCUUUGAGCUAUUUGAAUCCUUACUUCACAGUUCUCUGAGCAGGACCUCACAAAGACACAACACAUCACCUCAUGCAUGCUUCUUGCUAUAAGCCUAGGAGAAAACCAAAACUGCCUUACAGUGAAUGUGGACCUCUGUUACUGAAUCAACAGCAGGACAAACCUGCUGUUGAUUUGCAAUAAGCUGUUUAAAAACAAUUAAAUUCCUCUUGCAAAUCAACAAUAUCUAUAUUUUAAUAUAUAAAUUAUUUUUAUGAAGUAAUAUCACUGCCAAAUUACUAUAAUGGCAGAAAUCAUAUGCCAUUUCUGUCAUAGCCUAGAGCGGUUUAUUUUAUAAACCAGUAAAUUGUUGCAGCAAUAUGUAUAGUGUGGCUUUACUCAACUCUAAAUAUCUUAAUGGAUUUCCUCAGUUCACUGUUGCAGGAGGAAAAUAAUGUAUAGACUGUUGCGGUACCAAUUAGAAAAUUAUUAAUUACCUACAUGUUCUAUUCCGCCUCAACAAAAUAAAUUAUUUAUAUCAAGGAUGAUUGGAUGCAAAUGAGUGACAGCAACUCUCUGUUACCUGUGGACAGAUAUUUUCUGAGUUAAUCUUGACAUUAUUUGGCUAAAAGCCAAAGUGACAAUAUCAACUUUAUUCAUAUAAAGUGAAUAACUGUAGAGUGAUCAAGUACACCUUUCUCAGUGAACGUUAAUUCCUGUAUUCAUUGUAAGGCUAAUAGUUCCUCUUAUGGCUGGUUAACUCACUAUGUUCUAGCACUUUCAGAAAUCUUUAUAGGAGAGUAUCUCUUCAGCACCAUAAACUGGUAAUGAAUCUUUUAUAAAAUUUAAGUGCCAUUAGAAUUUUGUUAGAUGUAUUUAGUGUUACUUACGAUAAAAGAGCAUUACAGUGUUUUGUAUUACUACCAUUCAGCUGCUCUGUUUUGUACUUUAAUAUGUAGGAUGUCUGAUGUAUAAAUCAACUUGAUGUAAAAACCACAAUUACUCUCAAAUCUUUUUCUUUCUUGUUUAAUUCUGUGUGCCAGGAUUUCCAGUUGUUUGCAUUCAAAAAUGUACAGACUGUAUUUUGCAUUGUGCAUGUUGCAUCUCUGUUCACUGUACAUUAACCAGUGUUUACCAAUGAUUUAUACAUCAGAUGGCCCAUAGUCAGUGUGCUUCCAUAGUUGCACAAUUUCUCUGUAUUUUGUAAAGUUCUUUACAAUUAAAAGUGUCAUGUUCUAUA